AUGCUUCCAGAGCUUGACGCAACCUUUGAGAACGACUCAUCAUUAGCUCUCAUGACAGACAGUAGCUCCCUCUCCUCAAGCUUCUUCUCAGUCGAUCUUUCCACAUCAGAUCUUCUCGUCCAGCGAAGGUCGUCAAUUGCAUCUUGCAGCACUUCCACUCCGCCUGAGCUGUUCUUCACACCUUCAGCUGGAAAUACAAGCCCAACGACACCCAUGAUGGCUGAUACCAAUUUCCAAGCUUCAUAUCACAAGCAAUUCGUGAAGACUGCAACAUAUCUCUCAAACUGCCAUUCAAUGUAUCAUCUUGUAGAAGAUGAGGAGAGUUUGCACGAUUGUAUUUGGCUAGAUCAGACAAGCACGUCGCAUGCCUUGUCUGUUGGCUUGCCAUCGAUGACCCAUGUACCUGAGAUGUUGUUGACGGAAGUGAACCAUACCUUCUAUGGUGGCGAGCACCGUGGCUUAAACACCGUGGCAGCAAAUCCAGCGUUGACGAAAUCUAUGUUCGGCAGCAAUAUGACAGGGUCUUCGAUCCCAACGACUGAAAAUGAUAACGGCAUCCUACCGUGGAGAUCUCAUCGAUCACAUCCACCUUUAGAGACGAUAGAACCCAGUGUGACUUUUCAAGCGCCUCUGACAAGCUCGCCUCGGUAUAAAGUCGAACCUUCCACACCGGCCAGUGUCCAUAUUUCGACUUCAGCUAUCUUGAGCAGCAGUCCGACGUCGAUAAUCUCCCCAGUAGUUUUGCCAUCUCAGCAUGAUAUUGAAGAAUUGCCGUACGAUGCGAUGGAGCACGCGCUAAGGUUUGCAUCGUCAAGGGAGCACCGAGCAAAUCCAGAUCGCCUUUACCGCCGAAGGUAUGAACGCAAGCGAGUGACCGGUGCGACUUCGAAGCCCAAACCGGUGAUUUUGUCUGGAAAGACCGGCAUCAACUGUGAGCUGGUCAUCGCUCAGAACGAAUUCGCUUGCAGUUACUCUGGCUGCAUAGACAAAAACACUGGCAAGCAGAAAAGGUUCAAGCGCCAAGAACACAAGAAGCGACAUGAGAAAACGGUCCAUGAGAAGGCCAUGCAUGAGGCCCACAAGUGCUGGGUACCGGACUGCGAUCGAGAAUUCUCGCGGACAGACAACCUCAAAAGCCAUCUGAGAAACACACACUCAAAGAAGCUUGGUGUUCGUGGUAACCGAUACGUGGCGACCCUCGACAGGACCAAUGAGUAUUAUGAUCCUGAAUGGGUGGGAGAGCUAGACAAGCACGGGUAUCCGAUCCUUUGA